UGUAUACAUGCUCAGUACCGUUUCGGCUAUUUACCGGUACAGUACCAUUAAGGCUGGUACCAGUAUUACCGGUACUGGUACCGGAAUUUGCCCACCAGUCCGUGAGCCGCUCUGCACUUGGCAGGACAAGGCGCUGGCCGUGAGGGACAGUGAAUGGUGGAGAUGAAGAUACCGAUAGUAGUGAUAUCUAUAGUAGCGAAGAGAAUAUUGUGUGUGUAGCCUCUAAGUAAUCAGAGAUUAACUAUUUAAAUAUGGUUGAGGACACAAAGUGGACAGUGGAGUGUGGGUGCCUGCUAGUGAAACGGACAGCCGCCGCCGAGCAGUCUUUGGCUAACAUUCCCAACAUCAUCAUCAACAUGCCACGCUCUAUGAAAAUGCCUGACAGCAAGCAAUCAGCAAUAGAAAUUAUGAAGGAUUUUACAGAAAAGGCAUAUCUUACAAGCUACAAAGAUUUCUUUGAGAAGGCUGUCCAAAUUCUAUAUGGAGAUGAGUUUAUAGUGAAGAUUGAUUUUUCAAAGCGUAUGCUUUUCUCCUGUCAGUUAUGCAGCAAAGACAUGAAUAAUGAGGUAGCCUUAAUACAACACUCACAUUCAGGAAGUCACCAAAAAAAUCUUGAUAGAAAAUUUAGAGAGGUCCAUAAAGAUUCAUUGUACAAGCAAGAUAUAAAGUUCCAUCGCAGAGACAGGCCACAGUACAAUCCUGACACCCUACAGUCCAUGCUGAUGACAAGCCAAGUGAAGCCAGUUGGUUUACAGAUGGUUGAGGUGUAUGAAAAGAUGUACCACUCAUGGAGUUACUACAAAUGCAAUCUAUGUGGUGCACAUGGCAGACUAGAAGCAAUCUACAAGCACAUCAUUGGAAACAGACAUACAGAAAAAUAUAUUAAAUCCCGAGUAAUUCUUAAGACGUCAUUUGUAACAGCUAAGGAAAGAGAAUUCAUCCGCGAUUUUUUAGUAAAGGAGGAAGGCAUACCUGUCUCAGCAAUCAAAAUAUACAAAGAUGCAAGCUUGUAUCCAAUAAAGUGGGAAAGACACAACCCUUCUCAAGCAGUAAUGAAAAAGAAACAGGAGGCAGAGAGAGAAUUGCUGGGCACAUCACAGUCUUCCUUUGCCAGCAGGCCUUCAUGUUCCUCCAGUCCAGAUGAAUUACCUGAAUAUUCACAAAAAAUAGAAAGAACUUCUUCAAUGUGCCACACUCAGAAGGAAUAUUCAGAAAACAAUCCUAAAGAAGAAUCUUCUCUCUCCAUGUUCCAAAAUCAAUUUCCUCCUCCACCUCCUCCUUUGACAAAUAUCAGGCCAGAGACAAGUGGUGAUACGCAGGCACGAACACCACUUCAAACUAAAGAGGAUAUUAUAAAGCAAGACAAAAGUACACAAAAAAAUGAUCUGGAGGAACUUAUGGUUCAGUUAAAUUUUAUAGUGAAAACAAGCUAUUCACCUGAUUUUGACAUCCAUACUACAGAAGAUGCCAAGGCAGCACUUGAGAUGAUGUUUAGAAUUAGUUCUGCACUUCAUUUCAUUGCUAAAAAGAAUAUAGAAAAUUCAACUGACCUGUCACAAGAUCUUAUAGACAGUCUCAAUCACAGGAAAAAUCUGUUGUCUAAGAUUAUGGGCAGCAUAAAACUCAGAAUGGAAGCAGCAUUACUUGGAAAACUUGGUACAUAGUUGUCUGUUUGCAGUGCUCUAAAAUUUUCAUUGAUAUUUCAUAGAAGUUUUUCUUCUUACAUUAUCUUCAGACAUCCUGCUUUUUCAUUAAUAUCUUUGUUAUCUAUUUUGUUUGUAUUUAUAAAACAUAUAGCUAGCUACUGUUGAUAGUUACUGAUGUAUUUCAGGUGUUUUUUUUUUCCCCUAAAAGGACACAUUUUCUUUUUCUGAUGUUAUUUAACUAAAAUAAAGGGAUCCUGAAGAACCUUAAGGUUUAAACCUGUCCAGGAAGGCUCAUAGAGUUUAUUCAGCUUGGCAAGCUGCCAUUAGGCAAACAAGAUCUCCAUAUGCUAACAAAUAUAGAGCCUUUGAAAAAUUAUGAUCAGGAUGAUGUGUUAAUAUACUUCUAGUUUAUUGUUUUCUCAUUGGUAAAGUACAUACUCAACUACUUAGUAGUAUAUUUGCCUUUUUUCAUAGCAGCAUGUAUGUAUGUACAUUUGUGCUUCAUAUUAUCUAAUUCUGUUUUGAAAUAUACAUUAUCUAUAGGUGAUAGCAGUGAAGUAGGUGAUACAGAUAGUAACAGUUUAUGUAUAUACAUCACACUUUGUGCUCUAUGGGAACUGGCAUGAAGUGCAUCUUUUUAUAUAUUUUUUUUUUGUUGCCGUGGCAAGUGGCUAGCUUGCAUAAGAAGAAAGAAUGGAAAUGUGAUUUCUCUUUCUUAAAUCAAGUCCUUAGCUUGUUUGUGUUCUUUUCACAAACUCACAGACAUUCCCUUUACCAAGAUCUCAGCCAAGCACUGUAUGUAUGAAGAUGGAUAGUUCUUUUUUUAUAAAUUUCAUUGUGCAAACUGGAUAAGUAACCACAUAUAUCAUCCUAGUCAUGAUAAUCAUCUACAGCCAUGAUUGAACUGCCUUGCAAAAUUUCUCUACUCAUCUGUUCUGGCUGCCUGUUUGUUCCAUGCAGCCUCAGGAUCUUUUUAUUUUUCCAUGUAUGUAGUAUAUCUUUAUCUGCCUUUGCUUACCAGUUACUUAUUUUGAAUUACUAAGAUAAUGUGACAGGCUUGCUUGUCCCAUUUCAUAUAAUGUUAUUCCUUUGAAUACAUUUCUGCUGUGGCAUCUAGUCUGUGCAUUGUUACAGACCAAGCACAUGCAUAAAGGUGCUUGGGAUGCCAAUGCACCUGCCCCUUUGCCAGGUUUGUCCCCAUGCCGAUAAGUGCCCUUUUCUUAAAAGUAUAUAUAUAUAUAUAUAUAUAUAUAUAUAUAUAUAUAUAUAUAUAUAUAUAUAUAUAUAUAUAUAUAUAUAUAUAUAUAUAUAUAUUAGAAGUGCUCUUUUUAGUCCUGAGCAUCUACCCUUUGAUUUGUCUCUACAUGUUACUGUUACAGAUUGGCAAUGAUGUAUUUUCUAUUAAUCCCAGUCUGAUUUCUGAUUCUCAUUUCAAACAAUAAGUUGUAUCUGGGAAGUAAUGCUUUCUUCAUACUUAAAUUUCUCUCUAGAUUUAUUAGUUUAUCCAUCAAUCUAAUCAAUCAUGAGCGGUAAGCAAUGGCUAUGGCAAAAGAGUACCUACCUACCUACCUCUCAAUAUCGUAUUUCCUUUAUUAAGAAAGAAAAUGUUAAAGAUUGUUUCUUGAAAAAAAAAAAAACUGUUCCUAAAAGAAAAGGAACAAUCUUUUUAAUUUUAUUUUAGAUUUCUUUUAUCAGAAAUGUAUUUAGAAAAGAAGAGGUUCUCAUUCACCAAAAUAUUGGUUGAUAUUAAUAAAGUAUUGUUUUUA